UUUCACUACAGACAAAAACAAAAAUAACGAUUCAUCAACUUCUGUAAUUAAAGUAACUUGCAUUUUAAGCUUUAUACACCAACGAUGGUGCCGCAACCGACUGCCUCUUGGCGCAGAAACCCAUAUCUACAACCCGUCAUGUCUCCAUCUGUUUUUGCCGAAAGCUUUGAUGUCAAAACGGCCAAGGAAAUUUUCAAUUGUUUUCAAAACAACAUGGAAAACUGCACAGAUUUUACAGUCGACGUUGGUGGCAACAAGUUCAACUGUCACAAGUUUGUCCUAAGUUCCUGCUCUGGUUUCUUUGAGGCUCUCAUGAGGACAGAUAUGAGAGAAAAAUUUGAAUCAAGUUGUAAGCUGCAUGAUAUCUCUCCGGAAAUAUUUGGCCUGAUACUGGAUGUUAUAUAUAACGCAAAGACUGUUUUAACAGAAGAAAACAUGCUUGAAAUGUGGCACGCGUCCGUUCAACUGCAGAUCAAAUUUUUAAUAUCGGCUUGUGAGAGCUUUGUGAAAGAAAAUUUAACCUUGCACAACUAUUGGAAAAUUUACAAAGAAGCUAAACUGCUGGAUGCUAAUGAAGUUAUAAAAAAAGUAAAACAGUUAAUGGUGGCUAAUUGUGAGAAAAUUGUCAAAUCUGACGUCUUAAUGCAGCUUUCCUUAGAGGAAUUAAUGCCCAUUUUAAUGAACAAUUCCUUCCCUGGGGCUGAUUCUCUCGUAGGCUCGGUUUUAAAAUGGACAUGCGCAGACGACUCGUAUCUUGAUGACGUCACCCCAUUUGACGAGAUCGACCCAACACUUCGCCGAUCAUACCUCGGUCUCUUGCUUGCUUUAAUUCCCCUCAAAAAUACUACCGAAGCCUGUCUGACCAAACUUAAGAACAACAAACAUGUCAUAGAAAAUACAGGUGCCAUAACUCUUGUGAGCCUGGUUGCUAUCCCGUGCGAUAGUGCCACAAAAACGAAAACCACGAAAGUGAAUUCCAAUUUCACACAGCCGAGUGCAUCUCAGCAUCCUAUCAAGUAUGACGCCUCGGAAAGGAUCGCUAAUUCGAGGCCUUCACACUCGGCGCACGAAGUUCACGACAGAACGGACCAAAGCUCUGAUUCAGAAAGUGACAUGGGUAACCUUGAUUGGGAUAUUCUUCUGUCUUCAUUAUGUACAGUUUUAUUUUUUCUAUUAAGCUUUGCUUGCAUUCUAUUUUUAUUUCGGUAUCAACUUUUAUUCUAGUCAACAGCCGGAUAACAGCGACGUUUCAUGGAAACAUUUGAGCAGUGCUAAAUUAACCGAGCCAGUCUAUGUCUAAUUCCGUACCCACUUCUCCUUCCCCUAAACAAUCAUGUAAAACAAUGAAACCGCUAUUAAACUGGAUUAAUUAACAAUCGACUAAAUUACCCCUCUUAUUGCAUUAAAUUGACUAUUUAAAAUCUAGCUCGAUAACUCCGAUUUUCCUUUAAAGAAUUAAAAAAACAACAAAACCCAUUGCAUAAUCGGAAAUACAUUUAUUUAUUUUAGAAAAAAAUAAUGAAAAUUCAGAAAUUAUACAUUGUUUCAUUUAAUUCAGUUCAUUGCCUUAUAGAUUUUGAUAAUUUCAUUCACAUUUUUAAAGCCAGACAGUGAAAUAAGCGGCCAUGUUUUUAAUCAGUCGUGUGAGGCUAAAAAGAUU